AUGUCUCCGAGUAACUCAUCAUCACUUGUUCUAAUCACUUUGAUGUUGGCCACGUCGUGCCUAGUCUCCGAGAGCCGGAUCGCAAGAAAAGACUUGGGUUUGGACCUUGGCGGGAUAGGGAUAGGGAUCGGUACUGGCAUCGGCAUAGGUCUCGGUGGUGGUGGAUCCGGAUCCGGAGCUGGUGCCGGGUCAGGAUCCGGAGGAGGAGGAGGGUCAAGCUCUUCAUCCUCAUCUAGCUCCAGCAGUUCUUCUUCCAGUUCUGGUGGUGAUGGAGGUGACGCGGGAUCAGAAGCUGGAUCAUACGCGGGGUCACGUGCCGGGUCUGGUUCGGGUGGACGUUCAGGUUCAGGCCGUGGAAGAGGAGGUGGAGGAGGAGGGGGUCGUGGUGGAGGAGGUGGAGGAGGAGGAGGUCAGGGUGGAGGAGGGGGUCAGGGUGAAGGAGGUGGAUCCGGUAGCGGAGGAGGGUACGGUGAGGGCGGUGGAUAUGGAGGAGGAUACGGUGGUGGCAACGACUGA